UGGUAGGACCAGUUGUUUCAGACAUCGUCCCAAGUGCAGGUCUCUCGUUUUCGUCGUGGGGAUGUCAAUAUCGACAAAACGUAGGGAUAUCAAUAACGAUGGGUGUUCGGCUCUGCAGCCAUCGACCGUUCUCUUCAUCCUAUCUUCCCAUCCUCUUGCAACGAGUUCUGCGGCUUAGUGUCUCGAGCGCGAUGGCUAUGCUGACGCUGACGAUGGUGAUAAUGAUGAUGGCAGUCAUCCCGACACGGGUGGUAGCGGUAGCUGGAGCAGAUGGGAUGUCCACAGCUCGGAGAGGGAGGGAGUCCGUUGUGGGAACGGAGAGCGGACAUCAGGACAUUGACGAGAUGCGAGGAGGGAGGAGGAUUCAGGCAGAUCCAGACCCCUCGGCUGCUAUUCUCAUCACAAACAGGACUCUUCUUCAAGGUACCCGCGUGGUUCUGACCGUUACAAAUGCCGCCGGUCCUUCGUCGGGAACGAUUGAGUGUUUUACAUGGGUCAGGAGCGUCGUUUUCAGCUCGGAGAAGGGGCUGUUCUUCUUCAUGCAGGAUGAUAGCUGCUGGGAUACGACUACAAACAGCUACGUCAGAGGAAGUCGCUAUCUGUGCAAGGGCGAUUUGCGUGGCAUUGCCACCUCUGGGGACGCGCAAGGCAAGUCCUCCGUGCUCACUCUCUACUGGUCGUCGGGAGGUCUCAACGGCACUGCGGAUAGUGCUUCCACGAGCCUGGCAUGGGGCGCCAUUGCUAACUACUGGGGGUUCGAUCUGUCGCGGAAUGAGCAGUAUCUCGUUGCGCCCGUUGAUUGGGGUCUGGGAUUCGUCAACACGAUGGACGGUUCUAGAACCACUUUUAUGAUUGCCGAUUUCAACUGUAUGUUCGGAGCCCUCAAUCCUAACGGCACGAUCUUGUACGUCGCGACAGGGGGCUGCCUUGAGCGCUCUGCCAUGGACGGCGAGUCGCCGGGCAGCUUUGUCAAUAACUUUCAAACUGUAGCAUGCCCUAGUCAGCCUAUUUCUGGUAAUCCUCCUUCGCUUGCCUUCGGUUAUCGCAGUUUUCUCCAAGACGGGUCUUACCUCUACUCUAUUGACCGACCUAACGCUAGAAUUCUAGGCUUCGACCUAAUUACUGGGACCAUGGAGGUGGUCAGUGGAACCAGGAUACCUUACUAUGUAGCUGACAACCAUAACCGGGUGGGGAUAUUUAAUUUGAGGGAGCUUGCGCUGACACAAGAUGGAUGCAACCUGUUCUUCGUCGCAUAUGGGGCGACGAAUGUCCGGUGGGUGACUUUCGAUAAACCGGGAGGCAUCGUGGUUAGAGAAGAGACGGUGGCCAGAUGCAUUGUCCCGGGAGGAUGCACGAUCGGGUGGGUGACUUUCGAUAAACCGGGAGGCAUCGUGGUUAGAGAAGAGACGGUGGCCAGAUGCAUUGUCCCGGGAUGCAACCUGUUCUUCGUCGCAUAUGGGGCGACGAAUGUCCGGUGGGUGACUUUCGAUAAACCGGGAGGCAUCGUGGUUAGAGAAGAGACGGUGGCCAGAUGCAUUGUCCCGGGAGGAUGCACGAUCGGGUGGGUGACUUUCGAUAAACCGGGAGGCAUCGUGGUUAGAGAAGAGACGGUGGCCAGAUGCAUUGUCCCGGGAGGAUGCACGAUCGGGACGCUUGCGUUGGAUAACGAUGACAGCCAUUUGUACGUGUCGAUCCAGACGGGGGAGCUGUUCGAAUUGCCAAUCAACAAGCUGGGACUGCACCGAUGCAUCGGUGCAUUUCCAACGCCAGUAACACCGACACAGGGGAGCUCAGCCCAUGAUGCCCAUCCAUCGCCAUCGCCAUCGUCAUCCGCAGCACAGUCUACACAAUCUUCCCCGUCGCCAUCGUCGUCAGCAACAUCGACCGCAUCUUCAUCAUCGCCGCCAUCAGCACCGACAGACGGGAGCUCAGCCCAUCCAUCGCCAUCGCCAUCGCUAUCCGCAUCACAAUUUACCGAAUCUUCCCCGUCCCCAUCAACAGAAUCAUCAUCAUCGUCAUCGUCAUCUGCACAGCGGUCAUCGCCAUUGCCAGAACCGCCCACUGAUCUACCUGCAGAGGGAGACACAGAGACUCAGCGAUCGCCAUCAGCGGGGUCAUCAGGCUCGGCAGCACAUACUGGCAAUGAAACAAUCUUCCUUGGUCGGUUUUCUGACAUUGUCUCGACUCCUGCGCCUGCAACUCCCCAAACCCAACCCAAGAAACGUGUUAGUGUCGGCCUGAUUGUCGGAUUGGUCGUGGCAGACUGUCUGACCUUCGCCGCACUCGCUGGUGCAGCUGUGUCUCUCUAUUUUCGACCGACAAAAUCAUCAGCGAUGGCGGGACCUGGCGGAAUGACCGCACGGUCUUCCGCCCUUGAACCCCCCGUAGCAGGGACCUCCGCUCCCCAACAAGUGCUGGAUUUGCUAGUGCCUUUUCCUACGGUCGAUGAUGGACGAGAGUAGCAGGAAUAUUGUCGUGCCAUUGUGUGCAAUCAUCUGUUCUUCGUGGUUAGCUUGCGAUCUGCUCUUUGGGAUCG